GUUCUGAAGAUCUGGACGAGGGAAGCUGUAUAGACGCGGAUAAAUUUAUAUAAAGUAUUGUGGACCGAAUGCCCUAAAGACCCAAGAUGUCCACUACAGCAACCAUGGGUGAGAUGGCAAACAGCGCAGUGGAGUUUUACCCCAAACGACGCGCAGGCAGUGCAGAGGCCAACCAUGCUGGUGACUUCGGGGUGACGUUGGAUGAGCUCCGGACCCUCAUGGAGCUGAGAGGACCAGAAGCCUUGCAGAAAAUUCAGGAGAGCUUUGGAGAUGUAGAAGGCCUAUGCCAUAGACUCAAGUCUUCCACCAGUGAUGGUUUGUCAGAUAACCCAGCAGAUCUGGAAAAGCGCAGACAGACAUUUGGACAAAACUUCAUACCACCGAAAAAGGCCAAGACCUUCCUUCAACUGGUAUGGGAGGCAUUACAAGACGUUACUCUCAUCAUUCUGGAGAUUGCAGCCAUCAUCUCUCUCGGUCUGUCCUUCUAUCAGCCACCCGGACACGAGGGAGAGGCCUGUGGAAAUGUGUCGGGAGGAAUCGAAGAAGAGGGGGAGGCGGAGGCCGGGUGGAUCGAAGGUGCGGCCAUCCUGCUGUCUGUCAUAUGUGUAGUGUUGGUGACCGCUUUCAACGACUGGAGUAAAGAGAAACAGUUUCGGGGGCUACAGAGCCGCAUCGAGCUGGAACAGCGGUUCGCCGUAGUGCGCAAUGGCAACGUCAUCCAGAUCCCCGUGGCUGAGAUGGUGGUUGGGGACAUGGCCCAAGUCAAAUAUGGGGACCUUCUACCUGCCGAUGGGGUCCUGAUUCAGGCAAAUGACCUGAAGAUAGACGAAAGCUCCUUGACCGGUGAAUCAGACCAUGUUCGAAAGUCAGCCGACAAGGACCCCAUGCUUCUCUCUGGUACCCAUGUGAUGGAGGGCUCAGGGAGGAUGCUGGUAACCGCGGUUGGAGUGAACUCUCAGAGUGGCAUCAUAUUCACUCUUCUGGGAGCUGGAGAAGGGGAGGAGGAAAAGAAAGAGAAGAAAGACGACAGUAGUUAUUCACCCACUACUCUGGCCAAACACAGCAGCAUCACCAAUGGCAAGCAGCCAGAGGCAGCUGUGGAGACCAAUCAGAAUAAAGCCAAAAAGCAGGAUGGAGCCGUUGCCAUGGAAAUGCAGCCUCUGAAGAGUGCGGAGGGUGGAGAAGUAGAAGAGAAAGAGAAGAAGAAAGCCAACGUGCCCAAGAAGGAGAAGUCUGUACUACAGGGCAAACUCACAAAACUGGCUGUACAGAUUGGCAAAGCAGGUCUUGUCAUGUCAGCCAUCACAGUCAUCAUCUUGGUCUUGUACUUUGUGAUUGAGACAUUUGUGGUGGAGGGGCGGACCUGGAUGACCGAGUGCACGCCCAUUUACGUGCAGUACUUUGUCAAAUUUUUUAUCAUCGGCGUGACUGUGCUGGUGGUAGCUGUGCCUGAGGGUCUUCCUCUCGCUGUUACCAUCUCACUGGCCUACUCAGUUAAGAAAAUGAUGAAGGACAACAACCUGGUGCGCCACUUGGAUGCCUGCGAGACAAUGGGCAAUGCCACGGCCAUCUGCUCCGACAAGACCGGCACCCUCACCACCAACCGUAUGACCGUAGUGCAGGCCUAUGUCAACGACCAGCACUUCCGUGAGAUCCCUGACCCCAGCCAGAUCAACCCCACCAUCCUUGAGCUGGUUGUCAACGCCAUAUCUAUCAAUUGCGCCUACACCUCCAAGAUCCUGCCACCAGAUGUUGAAGGUGGUCUGCCCAAGCAGGUUGGUAAUAAGACAGAGUGUGGUCUCCUGGGCUUCUUGCUGGACCUGAAGAGAGAUUACGUCCCUGUGAGAGAGCAGAUCCCAGAGGAGAAGCUCUAUAAAGUGUAUACGUUCAACUCUGUUCGCAAGUCCAUGAGCACCGUGGUGCAGAUGCCGGAUGGACGCUUUCGCCUCUACAGCAAAGGAGCAUCUGAGAUCCUUCUGAAAAAGUGUUCCUCCAUAAUUGGUACCAAUGGUGACGUGAGAAGCUUCAUGCCACGGGACCGAGAUGAGAUGGUGAAGAAAGUGAUCGAGCCCAUGGCUUGUGAAGGCCUGCGAACCAUCUGCAUCGGUUAUCGCGAUCUCCCCGGUGACCCCGAACCCGAAUGGGAUAAUGAAGCUGAAAUCGUCACCGAUCUGACCUGCAUCGCUGUUGUUGGGAUCGAGGACCCUGUUCGACCUGAGGUCCCCGAGGCCAUUCGGAAGUGUCAGAGGGCGGGCAUCACUGUGCGCAUGGUCACUGGUGACAAUAUCAACACAGCACGUGCUAUCGCUGCCAAGUGUGGCAUCAUUCAACCUGGAGAUGACUUUCUGUGCCUGGAGGGCAAAGACUUUAACCGAAGAAUCAGAAAUGAGAAAGGAGAGAUUGAGCAGGAGAGGAUUGAUAAGAUCUGGCCCAAGCUUAGAGUUCUGGCACGCUCCUCUCCCACUGACAAACACACUCUUGUAAAAGGCAUCAUCGACAGCACUGUACUGGAGCAGAGACAGGUGGUGGCCGUAACCGGUGAUGGGACCAAUGACGGACCGGCUCUCAAGAAGGCAGAUGUGGGCUUUGCGAUGGGUAUAGCAGGAACUGAUGUCGCUAAAGAAGCAUCUGACAUCAUCCUGACCGAUGAUAACUUCUCCAGCAUUGUGAAGGCUGUCAUGUGGGGGAGAAAUGUGUAUGACAGCAUCUCCAAGUUCCUGCAGUUUCAGCUUACUGUCAAUGUUGUGGCCGUCAUAGUAGCUUUCACUGGGGCCUGCAUUACACAGGACUCUCCGCUUAAAGCAGUACAGAUGUUAUGGGUCAAUCUGAUCAUGGAUACGUUUGCGUCUUUGGCUCUGGCCACUGAGCCGCCCACUGAAGCCCUGUUGCUUAGAAAACCCUACGGCCGCAACAACCCCCUCAUCUCCCUCACUAUGAUGAAAAACAUCCUGGGUCAUGGAGUCUAUCAGCUCAUCAUCAUCUUCACCCUACUGUUUGUCGGAGAGAAAAUCUUCAACAUCGACAGCGGCCGUAACGCCCCCCUACACUCACCCCCAUCUGAACACUACACCAUCAUCUUCAACAUCUUUGUCCUAAUGCAGCUUUUUAAUGAGAUCAACGCUCGGAAGAUCCACGGCGAAAGGAACGUGUUCGACGGCAUCUUCGGCAAUCCUAUCUUCUGCAGCAUUGUUCUGGGAACGUUUGGAGUGCAGAUUGUGAUUGUGCAGUUUGGGGGGAAGCCCUUCAGCUGUUCCCCUCUAAAUGUCGAGCAGUGGCUUUGGUGUCUCUUCGUGGGAGUCGGAGAACUGCUGUGGGGGCAGGUGAUCGCCACAGUGCCCACGAGUCACCUGAAGUGUCUAAAGGAGGCGGGCACCGGGCCGAGAACAGACGAGAUGACUGAAGAUGAGAUGGCCGAAGACGAGGAAGAAAUUGACCACGCUGAGAGAGAACUGCGCAGGGGCCAGAUCCUCUGGUUCAGAGGCCUUAACCGUAUCCAGACUCAGAUGCGGGUGGUGAAAGCGUUCCGUAGCUCCCUUUACGAUGGCAUUGAGAAACCCGCGUCCAGGAACUCCAUCCACAACUUUAUGGCGCACCCCGAGUUUCUCAUCAACGACAACAUUCACAACAUACCGCUGAUCGACGACACGGACAUUGACGACGAAUCCGAGUGGUCCAAGCACAACCACCACUUGCAUCCGGCCUUCCGAAAGCCCCCUCCUCCUCCGGUUCAGCAUCCGCAACGUUCCCACCCGCCGCCCCGCCCCUAUCGCCAGUACAGCCUCCCCGCCACUCCUAACCGCAACAACAACGCCAUCGAGAGUGGCAUCUACCACCCCAACCUCCCCACAGGCCCCAAUGGGCACAGGACAUCGCCCACUCGAGAGCCCUACCCUCUUCUUACUUUGGAGACAUCUCUAUGAGUGACUUUUCCAGAGAAAAUAACUUUGAUGACCUGCGAGUUUUGCGAGUUAGGCUGACGGGGGAGGCCCUGGUGGACGUGUUAUACUCACUGAGCAGAAAAAGACAGUGUCCAUCACAUUGUGUCACUCUCGCCACUCCCACCAACCACUUAAACACUCCUCAUGUAUCAACAACAACAGCUCCACAGGUAUCUAUCCUCUCACUGUGUGGAGAGGAGGCCAGUCUGCUGCGUGUCUGUGGUUCCUUUGGAUGGAUGGCUGGAAAUAGGUGAGGAAUCCAGACCUGGUGGACUUGAUAGUGGUUAUAUAGUGCUGGUGACUCCAAAUGCAAAGAAAUAUAAGUUCCCUACAGAUGGAGUAGGGGUCCAUUCACCUUACUUUCUAUCGGUGUUACCUAAAGUCAAUAUUAUUAUGAUAAUGUUUUGACUUCGUACUAUUUCCACCAUAAUCGUGAGCAGACUAUCAUUGCCACAUCACAGUACAACUUUUAUUACUGUGUUACUGAUGCUUUAUGGAUUAGCUUUAAAACAUUUUAUUUAUUUAUUGCCUGAUCAUGACAUCUUUGUUUAGUUUCACUAUCUCUCUCUCUCAUCUAUCUUAUCUCUCUCUCUCUCUCUUUGUCUGUGUGUGUUGUGUAUGUCCUAAAGCUUAAAAAAGCAGCAAAAAAGUACUAACAAAGCAAAGAUAUAAAUUUGAAGCUUGAAGCUUAGACUAAUUCAAUUAGAAUGCGUCUGCUGACAACAAAGACAAAACCAUCGCAGUACCGGUUUGAUUUCUGUAGUCCGAUCGUUGUUUUACAGCAAGAAAUAUUCUUGAGGUCUGAUGUUUAAGGCCAAUUUGUAGCUUUGUAUUUUUUCAUUGCUCGUGGGUACUGAUAUUUUAAACAUUUAGUGGAAACGUUCAUGUUUAAAAUAUGGAUUUGGGCAAUCCCAUUUCAACAACACAGGUUGCUAAGUUUGGCCGUUUUGUUGGAUUUCCAUCAUAGCAUUGGCAGUCAGCCAUUGUUAUUGCAUCUCACCUUGUUCAGAUUUGCUACAACUGCAAACUCAUGACUGGAAUGGGUUUGCCCAGACUCAACAUUUAAUGGUGUCUCUUUUCUUUCACAUGGAAGCCAUUCAAGUGCAAAUGACACCAACAAAUGCAUCAACCCUUUAAACAUUUUCAAGCGAUUACAUUUGCGCAGUUCAAACAUACCUGCUGGCCCUUUAAAUACAUUCACACAUGCAUUGCUUUUUUCCACUGUAUGUAUAGAAUAUUUAUCAGAUUGUGAUAAAUAUCUGUGAUGAACUCAAAUACCUGCAGACUGUGGUCAGAGGGCAUAAACCAGGGUAGGGACAUCCAUCUUAUACUGCCACACCAUAGUUAAAUGAAUUGAAUAUCAAAGAUAGGAACGAUGGACAAUCUUUGAGGGUGUCAGUAAUUUUGCACAAUAUCAGGAUUUUCCGCUCUGGGCAAACACCAAAUUGGUGACACGUUCAGAACCUCGUGUUGAUAGACACACUGUCUGACUAUUGGUCUCAUUUGCAGAACGUGUUGGCACACAACAAUAAUCCCUACGUGCAUGAAUCUCCAUGACAGUAUGUUUGGUUCGAUUACAUUCCAUCGACAUUCCACCGAUCAGGGGUUACCUCCUUCUACACCCCAUAGCCAUCUUCUGGACUGGUACAGUUAUGAUCGUAUAAUCGUAUAAUAAACAUUCCCCAAUCAUUUGGGGAAUGUGACCGGCACUUAUGCAACAGACUGCCCUGUCCACAGCUGUGAAUACGCUUCACGACAUGUAUAUAGGAAUCGCAAAAAAAAGAGAAAACCUUUAUCUGUAUAGAAUUACUUUUCUAGAUUGUCCAGUUUCGAGAAACUGGCAUAUAUUGGAAGCAGACAAUGCAAGCAUGAGCGUCAUUAGAUCAUGUCAUUGCAUUGGUCAGUUGUGUCUGUGCAGAGCAUGUUUAUAUCAUAGCACUCCGCACCGUCAUUGUUUGACUUCACUUUUGUCUGUUGAUGCUUAUCUGUGGCUCAAGCAGUUGGUGGACAUGUGUUUCUCUGCCCAGCUCAUCUGUGCUGUCAUUACGUGGUAUUGUCCAUGAUGUGCUCCUCCUGUUACCCAGCCCGGUUUUCCAUACAACACGUGGCGAGGAACUUGGAGGCGGAGCAGUGUUCCACUGCCAAUCUGACUACUUGUUGAAUGCCGGUAGACGCGCUGCUUAAAAUGGGUCGACCCAAUUUUGUUGCGUAGAGUUUGGAUCUUUAAAUGUGUGCUUCUCUGGUACACAGUAUGCAAACGUUUGUAAGUCAAAUGAAUGAGAUAUUUUAUACUACAGCGGGUGAACAGUACCUAUAAUCUACGGCAAGUGUGCAAUCGGUGGAUGCUUUUCUAUCCCAUAAGCCCACUGGAACUGAGGAGCCAUCAAACUGGAAAACUGUGAGCCAGACUUUUUGAAUGUCAUAGCAGAAAGUUGUUUCUCAUGGUUAGAUUGUUCUUGUUUGAAAACACCUGAGUAAACAGUUUUCCUGUUGGUUGUUAAUACAUCAUAAGUUAAAUUACAGACUCGUCAAGGACAAUGGCAACAUAGUGGUUGUAGCAUGUCCAGGAAUGUAUUCAUACACCUGUCUACUCUAAAUCAAUUUGUCUGUCUACCCAUUUUAAGCAGGACGAUGAAAACUGUCACUAACCUGUGUUAUGUAUGAGUGUGUCCGGCCUUUUGAUUGGUUCUCAGGCUCGGGCAGUUCCAGUGGAGUCUCUUAAGACGAGAGCGCUGGCAGGUCUAAGAGGCUGAACCCGUUUAAAGGCACAGACGCAGUCAACAGGCCAAAGUUGUGGUCACAGAGGACUAGAUAAAUCACUUAACCUGCUAAACCAUAAUAAACAUUUCCUAACCUUAUCCUCAGCAAAGCUUAACUACCAAAAUAGGCCUCAAGUUAUGCUCGUAUCUGAAUAGUUUUAAGACUAAACUAUAUCUAAGUCGUAUACCCCUAUCAUUCAACUCUCCAGACAGUGAUGAUAUAUAUUACAGUGGCAUAUGUAUGGUAUUCCUCCUUUCCACCACAACAGUACGCCACUCCAUCAAGACUCAAAAUCCUGAUAGAGUGACAAGAACAUAUAUAUGCAUAUAUAUAUAUAUAUACAUAUACAUAUAUAUAUAUAUACACAACUGAAAAAAUGAUAAUUCAAAAUUCCAUUGUCUGCCUUCAUUUUGUUCCAUUCUGUUGUAGAAAAAUCACGCAAGGUAAGGUGAAAAAAAUGUAAUGUGAAAAAGAGUAAAUAAUAUAUUUAAUAUAAAAGUUAUAAAUUAUUGUACAACUUCACCAUCACUGUACAUUUUUUGCCAAAAUGUGCACACGUGCAUCUUUUGUUUACGAUUGAAGCACAUUUUUUGUUUUACUCUUUAUUGUCUCUUCCUAUCCUUUUGCUUUUUUGUAAAGAAUUAAAAUUGAACAGCUUGUACAUUAUUAUUAUUACUAUGAUUAUUAUGACUAUUAUGAUUAUUAUUAUUGUCUUUUUCCAGCAGUGCUCUUUUAACUGAUGGAAAAAACAACUGCACAUUCUCCUGAACAUACACUUACUGCUUUACAAUGGAAAAAAGAGAAAAAAGAGAAAAAAAUAAACUAUUAAAUAUAUUAAUAAUUACCUGCCUGUUACUUAAGAGAAAAAAGCAUCUAUCUAUGAUGAAAGAACACUGCUGUAUACUGUAGACUAAACUGUAUGGAAAUCUAAGAAUUUAAUGGGAAAAUAAGUCAACACUUUUUGUCUGUAUAAAAAAAUCAAAUCAAAGUAUUCUACA